AUGUGCGGUGUCCCAUUUGCAGCAUUUAUCCUGUCCCCUCCAAUUCGGCUGAAGACGUUUCAUGCCUCUUGCCCUCUCAGCCCGUCUCGGCCCAAAAAUGCGGCGAGAGUAGGGCCGGUGAUGCAGGUGAAAGACCCAAGCUCUGAGGACGAAUCGCUGCCCGACAACGACUUGCUCUCACGCCUCAACUCCGUACCAGACGCGACCCGGAAACCCGGCCGCAGUCAACAUCUUGUGGAUUCGCCAGGACGUAUUCGCGAGGUUUAUACAUACUUUACGGAGCAACUUAGACCUGAUAUCGAAGGCCUACUCGAAAACCCAUUUAAUCUGAUCAGCCUUGCUUUUAUUGCGAUACUGUUUGGUUUUUUCGCGGCUACUUCUGCGGCUACUAUUAUUGGUUCUGUUGCGGACUGGGAUCCUCUCGCAGCUGCCGUUCUACUCGUCUGGACGGAAGGCUUCACAAAGUACUAUUACGGUCUAAAAGACAAAUCCAGGCUUCUGCAGCUUAUAAACGCUUUUAAAAUCGGCCUGAUCUACGGAAUGACUGUGGACGCUUUCAAGCUCAGUACGUAAAUCAUAUUGAAUUGAAUUGGCAAAGAAAGGCGAAUUAGUUUCGGCUUCCAGGAGGUAUGCAAAGCGGACAAGGCGGCAUCACAAGCUCAAUGUUUGUGUCACCAUCAGAACAAGACGGUAUUUCCAGAAGAGCUGAGACGAACCAACUGGCAUAUGCAGCGGACCUGAUACGAGAAUGUUGUCUCACUCUCCGACUAUCGCAGUCAGCAUGCUCCACUGCCCAAAUGUUCUUCCACAGAUUCUAUGCUCGUGUCUCGCUUCGUGCUCACCCCAGUAUAUGGGCCGCGGGCGCAGCAAUCUUGCUCUCGGCCAAGCUAGCUGACCAGCCUCGAAACUUGCGACAUAUCUCAAAUGCAAUUUACGAUCGUCUUGGAGCAUGGGAAGGCACUAAAGACGUAGUAGAUAUAAACGAAGUACAAAGGCGGCGUCCUCUGGACUUUUUCGGAGUGGAUGGUUACGACUGGAAGCAUGAGCUGAUCGCGAUAGAACGGCAUAUUCUGAAAGAGCUAGGUUUUCGGCUACGAGUUGAACUCCCUCACAAGUUUGUGCUCAUUUUUGUGAAUACACUUCGGGACAAAGGAGGUGCACCUGCUUGGACGGACCCAAGCGUAAAGCCGUUUCGCGCGUUCUUGCAACACUCAUGGAAUUACGCGAAUGAUGUGAUGAGGAUCCGGCUGUGCAUUUGUGAAGAACCUGAGGUAAUUGCCGUUGCAUGCAUAGCUCUCGGUGCCCAAAAGAGCAACAUUCAGUUGCCAGAGGGUUGGCAAAUAGUGUUUGGAAGUAAUAAGGAUGAAUGCGCGAGGCUGGAGAAGGAAAUAUUGCAUUCAUACGCGAUGCCGUCGUCGAAGGGCUUGCUGCUCGACUUCUCAAUGACACCUGCUUUCGAAAGAUUUCACCCAAAGAAGCCUACUCAGAGCACGAAACGAGCGAGAUCUUUUAGUGAUACAGUUUUAACAGGCCAGGGAGAAAUCGCUCGGAAGAAACGUAGCCGUUUUGGUUAAGCUAAGUGCAGAGGGGCCUAUGUGUCUUUGUAUUGUUGUAGACGUCACUAAAGAAACAUCGCUUUCAAUUUUCUACUGUGGCGGCACGGUAUGGAACGAGAAGGGCAUCUAGAGUUUUAUACA